CUGGCAUUGCUCAUGAUGUCACAGCAAAGUGAUGUGAUGUGUUUUGUUUCCUCACGUCGAGGAAAAUGUAGACCACGAGAAAUCAUGUUUCUUGCGUAAAAAUCAGUUAACUAUCACAAGAUGAAUGCGGAAAUCGAAGAGCAUAUACGUAAGAACGUACAGUGGACGCACUUGCCCACGCAUCUUAAACAGCAAUUAAGCAAUAACAGCAAGAACUACGAUAAAACCAUCGUUACGUUCAGUAUAAAGAACCAGCUGAGGCACAGAGGCAAUUUAGUCCGUCAUGUUCUCAAAGAUGAGAAAAGGUACUAUGAGAGGAUCAUAUCUUAUAGCUGUGAGAGGCUCAUGUUGUUUCCAUAUCACUUAGCUGAUAUGGUUGUAAAAGGCUUGCGAAUAACACCUUUUAAUUAUUAUGUAUCAGUGGUGGAGAAGCUGAUGCAGGCUGAGAAAAGUUAUGAUACUUUACCUAACUUUACAGCAGCUGAUUGUUUAAGAUUGCUCGGAAUCGGACGUAACGAAUACAUUGAGCUAAUGAAUAAGUCCAGAUCGAAUAAAGCGAGGCUUUUUGGUAGAAGAAAUGUGCGUGGAUUGUUACCAGUGGUUCCUGGUAAUAUUCACAUUGAACCAUGGUGGCGAAUCGAAGUUGGUUUAGUGUUAGAAGAAGAUAUAAAGAUGAUAAAUCAAGAAGAAUUGGCAGUAAUUGACAGUCUAAUAGAUUAUGGCUCACAAACCGCCGGCGAGUUGAAUUAUUUUGUUGUACUUAGUUUAUACAAGAAGGGUUUGAUUUAUAUUGAUGUACCAAUUACUGCUGAAGAUAGAGUGCAAGUUCCGCCACUGCAAGGCUUCGUCAUGAACCGCACCCUUGGUGAUUACUUUGAAACCUUAUUGUACAAAAUAUUCGUUUCCAUUGAUGAACAUACUACUGUUGGCGAGUUAGCGAGCGUAUUAGAAAUCGAAACAGAAUUAGUGAAACAAGCUGUGUCCUUGUACUGCCGGCUGAAAUUUGCGCGCAAAUUGGAGCUUUCCGAUGAGUCCUGCACGAAUCACAAGUUGAAGAAGCAUGACUCGUGGAAUUUCCAACCAUCACCUACUGUUAAUAAUAUUGACAUCACACCUUUAACAUUGGACUUGAGCACUGGUUCAAUGGAGAUAAUCGGUGAUUUGCAAUCACCGCAAACACCUAUUCCUGAAAGUCCAAACACACAAACUAUGACCAAGAAAGGACAUCGCAUCGCAUUCUUGUUCGAUUCGACUUUGACAGCGUUUUUAAUGAUGGGAAAUUUAUCACCUGGUUUGAAAAAACACGCGGUAACCAUGUUUGAAGUCGGUAAACUCUGCGAUGAAAGCAUGGAAACAUUCCUCGCUGAAUUAGAAAAGGUUUCUGUAUUGGAUGCGGAAGGUGAAGGUGAAGCUCGACGAUAUUUCGAACACGCAGUACUUUUACGGUCUACAAUAUUAGCGUUAAAGAAACUACCCAGUCCUGGAUUAGAUUUAAUUCGAAUUGAAAGUUUACACGCGUUGGAUGAGGCCACAACGUCGAGAUUACUACAAAAGAAAUACAAGUUAUUAGUAUCGAUGGCUCCAUUAAGUAAAGAAGUACGGACGAUUUACAGCCUAAAUCCACCACAUCUCGGACCUGCUGUACCGGAAGUCAAUACAUUAUGGUUUAAACUUUUCAUUUACCAUAUGACAGGCUACGGUCCGCCAUCUUUACUACUAAAAAAAGGAGUGGUUUUGAAGCAAGUCCCACGUAUAUUCUUCGGAUUUUCACGUCUUCUAAUAACUCAAUGGCUGCAUGAGCCCGCUGUAAUCCCCAUCGCGAAUAUUCUCCACGUAAACGCCGCGUUGCAAUAUUCCUCCGUCCUGAUACAAGCCUACGGGUUGCAUAGUCCAGCCCAGACGCAUAUCGUCCCCUUCCCAUUCAAAUCCGAACCAAUCACACGCGGCGAACUGAACAUCAUUAAACCCAAUCACCCAGCAAUCAUAAACUUAAAACCCCAUCUUGAUAUGGAGCACAAUUGUGGUUAUUUGACCUUUGUUGACAUUGGUAUACCUGCUUUGGGUUGUCCCGAUCGUGAGACCACUGUGAGGUUAAGUAAGAUGUCAAAAAACACAUCGAUGACAUCUGUGGGCGUGGCUAAAAAAGCAUCACCGACGAAUAAUAACAAUCAAGAGUUGAAAACUCCGGUUGAAUCACAUUUUGAUUUAACACCGGUGGCGUCGCCAGCGAAUGAAUUCCGCAGCGAUGAUUGUACAGAUAUUCUAAAGGAAGAGUUGGAUCAGUUGGAUCGGCAGGAAGAGGAGGCGAAGAAGUUGGAUUUGACGAUUGGUAGCAUCAGUAGUACAUAUUCGUUUGAUACGCUUUUGAGUCCGCUGGACGAGACGAUAAGCAUGUUUUCGAUAAACGGCGAAGUGGAAGCGGAAAAAGUAACUGAGGUGGAUAAACAGACAGAGGUUGACUCUGCGAAUGAGACGUGGACGUUGUUAGACUGUCAAUUUGGUGUGCCCUUGUUUGAUAUUGAUGCCAAUACGAAAAUCUGUGAUAAUAUUGUGUCUGGCGGAUUGGCAGAGGCCGAAAAUCUGGAUAACUUGUCAGAAUCGACGAAAACAUUGGGACAAGCAUUAUUGGAGUUUAUUUCUCAGUGUCAGUAUCAUUCCGGUGAGAAUAUGAGCAUUUCGAAACGUGGUCGUCUAACACCAACCCCACGACACAAUCUGAUGUUCGACAAUGGCAGAAUCAGCGAGUGGACGGGUAAAUAACUAGUAAAUCACAUUUCCAGGCGUUUUCUUAUACCUAAGUUUCGUUAGAACGUACUUAUUAUACUUACACAAACAGUGUAUUAAGUUUGGACCAAUUCUUAUUUCUACUAACCAUUAUUUAUCAUUAUCAUCGUCAGUAUUAAUUAAUUCUAAUAAUUUUAUCGACUUCAUUCAUCGUCAAAGCAUAUAAAAUAAUAUAAUAUAAUUCGUUACUUGAAACA